AUGUCAACUGGGAACAGACCAUUUCGAGUGCUCGGAGUGCAGCAAAUUGCUGUUGGCGCCGAAACGAAGGACGACAUGACAAAAAUCUGGCAGGGCAUGUUUGGGUUGAAGAAACACGGAGAUUUCAAGUCCGAGAAGGAAAACGUCAAUGAAGAUAUUUUGAAGAUCGGGAAGGGGGUUCUUGGCACCGUGGAGAUCGAUAUCAUGGCUCCUCUUGAUAUCAACAAGAGUCCCAAAGUGCAUGUCCCGAACCUCAAUCACAUCGGGCUCUGGGUUGAUGACAUUGAUUCCUGCUUCAACUACCUCAAGACGCAAGGAGUUCGAUUUGCUGGAGGCAUACGGGUUGGCGCUGCUGGACACAAAGUUUGCUUUAUCCAUCCCAAGGGGAACACGGAAAGUCCUAUUGGGGGAGCCGGGGUUUUGAUCGAGCUUGUACAGGCCCCUCCUGAAGUCAUCAAGGCGUACGAUGAUAUCAAAGAGUAG